UUGGUGUAUUUUGUUGCUUUGCACAGGUUGGUUUUAGAGUGCGCUUGUGUGAUUUUCGUCAAAAUUUCUGUUGGGCAUUGAAUUUGUAAAUGAACGUGAAAUAUAAUCAGAGUUUUUCCGAUCACAUCACGGUUCGAACGUAAAGUAGUUUGAAGGUUACUGCGUCGGAAUUAUUCACAAUUUAAUAACGAAAGUAAAAGUGAAAUAGUCUUUUCGUUACUGCGUUUGUGUGCGUUUUGUGCGGAGAGUUAGCUCAAGAACAGUGACUGCUGAUAUUAAAGUUCACAUACGUGUUAUGCACAUUCAUUUGCACUCGUGUGAAUUAAGCAAAAAGUUCCUUUAUUUCCGCUUACACAGUUUAAAUCGAAAAACUACUCGCUGCAACUCGCGUAAGGAUAAUAUCGUUAAAGUUUAAUUUCCGGCAAAGAGCUUGGAAGUGAAUGCGUUUACGUUAUAUUCCUUUCAAUAAAAAUCUAAAUCCAAAGCAAGUAACUCACUUUAAUAAAAAAUAACUAUUUGCUACGCACACAUUGUUGCUGCUAUAAACGGCCGUACAAUUCUCUAUCAACUAAGCUCGCAAUUCGUCGCACAGUUUAUAUCCCUACUAAAUAUAUUUUCAUCAUGACGCAUUGGGAAGACUUUUAUAAUACUCAUUUACCACCAACCGAUUUCGAGGAUAAUCGUUCGCUAUUGAAAGAGUUUUGUGAACGACACAAUAAAUUGCAGAACCGCAUCGUCCUUAUAACGUCAGGUGGCACCACAGUACCUCUGGAGCACAAUACCGUACGCUUUGUAGACAAUUUCAGUGCGGGCACACGGGGCUCAGCGUCCGCUGAAUAUUUCCUCGACAAUGAUUAUGCCGUGAUAUUUAUGUAUCGCGUCAAGUCGCUGGAACCCUUUACACGUCACUUUACCGGCCAACAAUUCUUCGAUAUGCUCGACAUAACGGAUAAUGGACAGAGUACAUCGAUAACGGUGAAACCGGAUUCAGUUGAUGUUUUCGCACCAAUACUGGCCAAAUAUAAACAAGCGCGCGAAUCCCAAAUGAUAUUGUAUGUUAGCUUUAACACAGUGGCGGAUUACUUGUGGCUGUUGCGCGCCGCGUGUGAAUGUCUGGCGGCAUUCGAGGAGAGAGCAUUGUUGUACUUGGCAGCGGCGGUGUCGGAUUUCUACAUUCCUCAAGAUAUGAUGCCUACUCACAAAAUACAGUCUGGUCAAGGUGCUCCGACGAUUUCAUUGCAGUUGGUGCCAAAAAUGUUGGCUCCAUUGGCAAGCCUAUGGGUGCCUCAUGCAUUUGUUGUCUCUUUCAAAUUGGAAACUGACGAGAAUUUAUUGAUUACGAAGGCUCGCGACAGUUUAUACAAAUACAAUCAUAAGAUGGUUAUUGCGAAUAUUCUACAGACGCGCAAACAUCGCGUUGUUUUUGUCACGCCAACCAUGUCCUACGAGGUGCAUCUGAGCAGAGAGCAAGCGCUGCAAGGACUUGAAAUUGAGGAACCAAUUGUUGCCGAUCUGGCGAAAAGGCACAAUGAAUACAUAAACGGCGCUUCGAUGAAUCGGCAAUGACCACAGUCGGUACGACAAAGACGUCACACGCAAGUCGAUUGUCGCGUGACAACACCACAUUUUUGUCGCUUAUUGAAUCCAGGACCAGGCGUCGGACGCAAAUAUUAAUUUAAGGUAAAUGUGUAUAGAUUAUAAGUAAGGAAAAUAAGGAAAGUAAUUACAUGAAUAUUGAAAUGUGUCGAUUGGGGUAAAAUAUAUCACAGUUAGUUAGUAAGAAUACAAUAAGAAUUGUGCAACUAAUUAAAUACAUAGUUUUUAUACUAUAAGCAUAUUGAAAACAAACAGAGUAAACUUCAACUUUUAUAUACUUAUACAUACAUACAUGUAAAGUCCAUAUCUGAGUCCCUAAAAUACCUCCUAAUAGUAUAUACAAUUAAUUUUUGUCGUUGUUUUUUUUUUUUUUUCUAACUGCCCUUAUGUCGUUCUAUUUUUGGAAAUAUAAAAGUAGAAACACGCAAAUUUAUUUGAUUGUAGAACUCAUAUUUUAUAAAUGUUUACUAAAGUGUAAAUGUGUGGGGGUUGGGAUAAUUUAUAUUUCUAGUUGAUACAAAGGGGGGAAAAAUAUAUACAUAUAUAGUGAGGGGAAAGUAGCAAUUUAUCUUAUCAGGUGUCAGUGAUUAUUUAAGUAAUUAAAAUAGCUUAGCACAUUUAAUUAAAAUCUUUAAAGUUUGUUUAUUUUUGUGGGUAUUAAUAAGUUUUGCUCUAUUCAUUAACAUUGGAAUUGCAUACAUACAUACAUAUGUACAGAGAGAAUAUUACUUUUAGCAUGAAACGAUGGUUGAUGGUCGAUGCAUUAAAGAUUUUUUAUCACUUCCACGUGUAUCUGAAAAAAAUAACAUGUUACAAAUAAUUGCUGUGAAAGAUUUGCAUCAUCCUUGAAUCAUCAGUGAACAAGCAAAGGAAGGUAUAUUUUUUGGGGUCUGAUUGAAGUUCUAUGCAGAUUUAUAUUUUGGUCUGAACGAUCAAUUCCUUCCAUGUUCUACUUGUAAACCUCCGAGUGUAUUUCUUCCAUGUAAAAAAGCUCCUCAUAAAACAUAUCUGCCGUUCGGAGUCGGCUUGAAACUGUAGGUCUCUCCAUUUGUGGACAACAUCAAGACACACGCCACAAAUAAGAGGAGGAGCUCGGCCAAACGUCCAGAAAGGGUGUAUGCGCCAAUUAUAUAUAUAUAUGCAUAUAUAUACUACAUGGUCUAAUAUAAGGUGAGAGGGUAAAAACAAUUUUUUUAACCAAAAUUCAUUUUAUUCUUCAACAUAGGUCCCUUCCAGGGCGAUACACUUUUCCCAAAGGUCUUCUAACAUUUUGAUGCCUUUCGAAAAAUGAUCGAUAGAAAGUCCUUCAAAAUACGCGUCUGUUUCCCAUUCAACUUUUCAUUUGAUCGAAAUCUCUUUCCCUGAAGCCAUCUCUUCAAGUUUGGAAACAGCCCAGUCGCUGGGGGCCAAAUCUGGAGAAUACGGUGGAUGGGGAAGCAAUUCGUGGUGCAAUUCGUGAAAUUUUGCUAUGACAAUCGUUGAUUUGUGAGGCGCGGGUGCAUUGUCUUGGUGGAACAACACUUUUUUCUUUGCUAAAUAAGGCCGCUUUUUCUUGGUUUCGUCCUUCAAACGGUCCAACAAGCUGGCAUAAUACUCGCAGGUGACCGUUUUACCCUUUUCAAGAUAGUCGAUUAAGAUUACACCGCAAGCAUCCCAAAAGAUGCUGGCCAAGACCUUUCCAGGCGAUUGAUGCGUCUUUGGACCUUUUGGUCGGCUUUGGUCGUUCCAACUGACCCUUUCGAUAUGCUUACGGCCUCUGCUAACUCGCACACUUUCACUUUACGAUCAUCCAGAAUGAUACGAUGGAUUUUUUUGAUGUUUUCUGGAACAACUGCUUCAUUUGGACGUCCUGAACGCGCUGCGACCUCAGUGUCCGUACGACCGCAUCUAAAUUCACGAAACCAUCGUUCAACAGUUCCGAUCGACGGAGGGCAGUCUGAAUAAUACUUCCGUAGCCAUUGGUGUGUUUCGACAGUGUUGUUUUUAAUUAAAAAACAGUGUUUUAUCAAUACACGAAAUUCUUUUGAAUCCAUUUUUUUCACAAAACCAAAAGUAGCUUCACUUAAACGACUGUAACUCACAAACUAAUCGGCAAAAUGUCAUGAAAAUUUGACAAGUAACUCCUAAAGAGCGGUUCU